AAGGGAAGCCAGAAACAUGACAACCUUAGGAAAUCGUCACACGCAAGCCAUGUCAUUUAGACAUUGAUAUACAGUUGGUAACAGCAUCCUGCCCCGGAUAUUCUGUCCACAUUUUCCAUUUUUGCCUAUAGAUACACUUCUAUAUCAACGCCAUUUCAUCGGGUAGACAGAGAAAGAUAAGAGAUUGGGAGAGAUGAAGUCCAACCAAUCAUUCUUCAUCAAGCUUUUGAUAAUACAAUGCCUCACAGUUGUGUGCUUUUCACAGGAUUUUGAUUUCUUUUACCUUGUUCAACAAUGGCCAGGAUCCUACUGUGACAGUAAGCAAAGUUGCUGCUAUCCAACGACAGGGAAGCCUGACGCAGAUUUCGGAAUUCAUGGGCUCUGGCCCAAUUACAGGGAUGGCUCCUACCCCUCCAACUGCGAUUCCAAUAACCCUUAUGAUGAAUCCGAGAUCUCAGACCUCAUCAGAUCCAUGCAAGAGGAAUGGCCAACACUGGCGUGCCCUAGCGGCAACGGCUCCAAGUUCUGGGCACAUGAAUGGGACAAACAUGGAACCUGCUCGGAGUCGGUCCUCAGCCAGCACCAGUACUUUGAAGCAGCUCUAGACCUGAAGAAAGAUAUAGACCUCGUCCAAAUUCUUAAGGAAGCAGGAAUUCGAGCGAACGGAGAGUCAUACCCCUUACACAACAUUAAAGAUGCUAUAAAAGAUGCAGUUGGAGUCACACCGUGGAUAGAAUGCAAUGUGGAUUCAUCAGGCAACAGUCAGCUAUACCAGGUUUACCUUUGCGUCGACACUUCUGGGAAAAAUAUCAUCGAAUGUCCAGUCAUGCCCAGGGGGAAAUGUGGUUCCAGAAUUGAAUUUCCCGCAUUCUAGGGGACACAUCGUAUCUUUUCAUUUUUUUUGUUCCUGAACAUGAAUUGUAUUGUGGUGCGUUAUAGCCUGGUCACAAUGUUUCUGUGUUCUGAGUGAAUGAAUGGAUGAAUGAAUGAAUAAAGGUGCAUGUUAGGCUGGAUCAGCAUUUCCUUAGUGCUUUUCUUCUCUGUUAGAGUGAAAAAUAGUUAGGACUACUUGUGUACUAUGAAUGACAUUGGAGAAUUUGGGAGAGCCCCAGAAGGUAUUAUUUUCAAAUGUAAUACACAUGAGAGUAAUGAAAAAGUUCAAAUUAGCAAUUAAA